GUCUCUGAGGCCUAAAGUCAGUGGAAUUUCUUUGCUUAUUUGUUCAAAAUGGUUUCGUCCUCCUCUUUCGCUUAAUCGCAUUUACACCCUCAUCCCAUAAAUUCUCUUCUCUCUCUCCUCUAGAAUUCCUCACUCUUCUUCAGAGAAGAAUCGUUUCCGAGUGGAAGAUUCUUGGAUAUCACUAUAAGUUGAACUUCUUAGGGCUUCCAUUGUCACUCUGGGGAGAAGUUCAAUUAUUUGUUUUCCAACAUAUGCACUUUUAAGGAGAUGGCUGGCCAAGAGCAUGAGUCAGGUAUUAUGCAGUGGGCUCUUAGUCUUCUUGAUGGCAAUCCAGCUUAUGAUUCUGUCCAAUAUGGUGACAUGAUACAACAUGAUGCUAAUGACAUCUAUCGCGGACAAUAUAUUAGAGGUCAAUAUGGUGACACGAUACAACAUGAUGCUAAUGACAUCUAUCCUGGACAGUAUGUUAGAGCUCAAUAUGGUACUGAACCUAACCAUGUAGAGAAUGAUGAGAUGAUUGCACACACACUUCAAGAAGAAUAUUCACGACUAUCUGUAGCAGAAGUCUCUGGAUACUCACAUGGAGAUGAAGAGCAAUCACAAGCAUCUACUCAUGCAGAUAAUUGGCACGGUCUGUCCAGAAGAAACUAUUGUUCAGAUGGUGAUUAUCCAAAUGAAGGAGCAUGCACAAUGGUGCCUUCUAGUUCAUGUUCUAGCCCGGGUCAGCUGGAGCUAAGUGAUGAGUGUGCAGUUGAUGGUGAAGUAGGCUGGAACCUCAAUGAAAUGAUGCCUGUUCCUCAUAUUCCUAGAAUUAAUGGAGAAAUUCCUUCAAUUGAUGAAGCAACAUCAGAUCAUCAAAGGCUGCUUGACAGACUGGAAUUAUAUGGUGUCGUUGAGCAUAAAGUUCAAGGAGAUGGUAACUGUCAGUUUCGUGCUUUAUCAGACCAACUGUAUCACUCACCAGACAACCACGAUGAUGUUAGAAGGAGAGUCGUAAAUCAGCUUAAGUCUCACCCAGAAAUUUACGAGGGAUAUGUUCCUAUGGCAUACGAUGACUAUCUGGAGAAGAUGUCAAGGAGUGGCGAGUGGGGUGACCAUGUUACAUUGCAGGCUGCUGCUGAUUCAUAUGGUGUGAAAAUUCUUGUGUUGACUUCAUUUAAGGAUACAUGUUGCAUAGAGAUUCUUCCUAAUGUCCAACCGUCAAAACGAGUUAUUAUAUUGAGUUUCUGGGCAGAGGUGCAUUACAAUUCAAUUUAUCCUCAAGAAGGUACACCCUCACAUGAGUAUAAAAAGAAGAAAAAAUGGUGGAUAUUUGGGAAUAAAAAUUAAGAAUCUUUGGACAGCAUGGUUUGCCUGAUCCACCAAAUGUGUGCAAGCUAGAUUAUCUCACUGUCGCGUUAGUAUCUUUUCUCUUUUCCAAACUUUACUAUUAUUAAGAUUGGGUUGCAUGUGUGAAUUUUAUCAUCAUGCUAGAACCGUCUGACAUUGAUCGACCAUUAAAGUAGGACAUUGAGUAGUCUUACGUGUUCAAAAAAGAAAGGAAAAUGCGCAAAGAUGGGAAUGUGAAACAUACAUAUAUUAGUUACUAUUUCAAGUAUUGCUAUCAUGGAAAGUAUGCUAUCACAUGCUUUAUAAGGAGAGAUAAAGUCUAAAAGACGUAGUCGGUGAGCACUAUGAAAUGGAAAGCACAAAUCAUGAAGCAAAUUGUUCUACCAUUAUGUCUAUAGCCAUAGUGAGAUGAAGAGGAUCAACCUGAUGAGCAUAGACAAUAUGGUUAGCAUCUGAAUUUUUGGCGACAUAUAGAGAUGGGAAUGAAGGCUUUUAUAACCAUUCAGUCAUUUAUCUUGUACAGUUGAUUCUUUUAUAUUGCGAAAUAUAUGCUGCACUUCUUGUUUGAGGAGUCAUGCAGUGAUUUGAAGGAUAUAUGUUGCAAGUCGGAGCAUAAACUUGUCUGAUAUCAUGCUUAUACAAUACGAGUCUUGAUUUGAAGUAAUCCCUGUUGAAUUAUUUAUAAUUCCAGAUAUAAGAAAUUAUCUUUCCCCCUAAUGAGUUAGCGUAUGUGAUAUGUUACCUUCUUUACUAUGGUUCGAGGUACUUUGUUUUAAACAUGUAAUACUAGAACUAAUGUGAUAUACAUUCAACGAAGCAUGACAGAUAUGUUGCUCUUUGUUUGAUUUGCACCUUCGUACACUUUGUUGCUGUGUCAGCGCAUCUUGUUCAGUCCAUAUGACAGUGUUGCAGCCUGUUACUUCCAACUGAAUUUGGAAAUCGGUGGUGCCAUUAUUUCACUAAUGAUAGUUACGGCUGGUGAAGUGUGCAGUUUCAGAAACAGUGCAACACCAGUACAAUAUGUAUAGGUUUUUUGUUCAACUGUGAAUGUUUAUUGUGCUUCAUAAGCAUAUAUGCUUCUAUUUAAGUACAUAUUCAUUUUGA